AUUGUAGUCCACCACGAAAACCAAAGAAGAAGAAGAAACGAAGACGGGCUCAAGACCUUUGCUUUCCAGAAAGCAUGGCGCGGCUUGUGCGUUGGUUCGAUUACCUGCGCUGCGGGAGACGGAGGUAACAGCGGAGUCAACACGGGGCUGUAGCCGAGAAACUGUGACAGAGCGACGGUUGGAACAGAGGCGUCGGUUCGGUGGAGACUUCGACCAUGGACGACAGCCUGACGCGGAGGGACGUAGCUCGCCCGAGGAGGGUGUCUGCUGCCGCGGAGAUUGGAGCUAAUGUUAGCCUGCAAGAUGGCGAGGUGAUCCAGGUGCUCCCCGCCAGAGAAACUCACCCUGGUCCGGACAGACCGAGCGCUGCUGGCGGGAGGACGGAGAGGAGGAACUCCGCACAGGCAGCGGUCCACCAGAGACAUAUGCCGAUGGAGCCGCUCAAGUUCCACAUACCGAGGAAAACCAAGGAACAGAGAGCUCUGUUCCAGUAUGUCUCCACUGAGUCAAGGGAGUAUGAAGACAUGAUGACCAUCCUGACCUCCAGCUACGUCGACACCAACUCUACCGGCUGCUUCACCUACUGCAAGCCUCGCCUCGUCCACAGUGAGCUGCAGGAGAAAGAGUUUGUAGAGAAGAGGAAGGAGAUGAAGGCCGACGGGAGGACUGAAAAGGAGCUGGAGGAGAGCUACUGUUUCCUGCUGUCUGAUGGUAUUAGGCUGCCUUUACUCUGUGAGAAAGGGCUGUUUGUGGCUCAGAGCUGGAUCACAGUGCUGGGAAACCCCAAUAAAGGAGUGUAUCUAUCCAGAUACUCAGACCUGCUCCAGGUUAAUUCCUUCACUCCAGGAGCCACAGGGGAGAUCGUCAUCUUCAAAGUGAUGAAGGGAAAAGUGAAGAGCAUCUAUGAAAACAUGAAGAACCUUAUAGAUCCAACGCCUCGCUUCGACAGCCACCUCUCCAAGAGCGCCAGCAAGGUCACCUCGCUUACCUCCUACCGCGCCUUCGAGCUCACACAGCAAUACUUCUACGAGUAUUCAUUCGAUGAACUGCGGCAGCGGCCUCGUCAGGUUUGUCCGUACGCUGUUGUCUCCUUCCAGUUUAAAGGAAAAGACUCUCCACUUCCCAGCAAACCUCUGGUCCCCAUCAGGUUGAACAGUCAAUCAGCAGAGCAGAGUAAAGAGCAAGCUCAGUUCACAGUGUGGACUGGAGAUUUGGUAAAAGGUGACCAGGUUCUCUUCCAGAUCGCCCUUCGCUCCUUCUCUCCUCCCUUCCUGCCCCACAGACUACCAGAGAAGUUAGAAAUUGGUUGGUUGAUGAGGCUCGACAAGGUGACGGAGCUCCUCCCCUCCGACCUGUUCUCCUACAACCUCUACACCAGCAGCCAGGAAGUUGUGAAGAACGGCCAUCACUGCAGUCUUCUGGAGGUGAUUGACAGAAGUCGGUCAACGACCAGUGUGACAAGACUACUGCAGGAACUGGAGCUCAAUAGAGUGGUUCUGGUGACUCAGCUGACAGAGAGAGGCUUCCUCUUCCUGCUGUCUAGUGUUCAGAUGGCAACACCCAACGAGAGAGGAGAGAACUGGAAGAGGUGUCUUCAGGCCUUGUUUGUCUUCCCAGAAACCAGAGAUGUGGCCAACUCCACAUCAAGGUGUGCCUCCUCCUCCUCCUAUGAUGCAACAGAGUCAUUGAUGUCUGGUGUCACAGUGAUGCCGCGUCUGAACCAGUUCAUCCCAGCGUUGCAUCACGCCUUGGUGAAGGCCCGUGCCAACCCCCCUCCUGAGCUGUCUGCCGGUGUGGAGCGCCAGGCACGGGAGUACCUCAUCGGCCAGAGCGAUGGCAAGGUUCGACAGUACCCCAUGGGCGAGUACGACUCUAAACUGGACGAGGACGGAAAACUGUUUCCUGCUCCCAAACAUCACCGGCUGAACAUGGACGGCUACCUGCGCUCCUACCUGUACAGCCCCGCCCUCUACCUGCUGUCAGUGGCCCGGGCCAAGCAGAUGGUGGAGGCGCACUGUGGCCCCAAGGAGCCACAGGAGGCGAGGGCCAGGAAGAGCUGUGGAGGCCAGAGAGAGAUGAUGGGGAAGGAAACUAUCAGCAACGUCAGAGACAGACAGACCAACAAUGAGAAGAUGCAGCAGCUCAUAGACCUGGUUUUAACCUGUAAGAGGAAUGCAGAGAAUGAAGUGAAGAGAGAGGAAGGAAGAGAAGGAGGGCUGAAGGCACCAGGGAGGAAAAGGAAGCUGGAACAGGAGACGGCAGAGAGGGCACUUAAAUUCCUGAAGGCGUCGCAGGAACCAAGAGGAUGUGACCAGAUCCCUGUUGAAGGAGGAGGCCACAUCCCCGCCCCUUUUGGCUCUCUUGCGUCUGUGAUUGGCUCAGUGGGUUUGAAGGACACUGAUCUGCGUGAUGGAUCUGAGCUUGCUACCACACUUCUCAACUUGCUGACAGGCCUCAACCAGGCUGCCAGAGGAACAGCCAAUCAGAGCCCUUCUGAGGUGCAAGAGGAAGGCCAGAGGGAUUCCUGUCCAUUUGAUAGGUUGGCCACCAAGCUGGGCCUGCCCACCAACUGUGACAUUGACCUGAGGAAGCAGGAGGAGCUGGAGGAGCAGACGGCAGGCAGCGUCAGUAGUUUGGAGGGAUUCAGUCCCAGCUCCCACAGCGGGGAGAUGAAUCACCACGGAGCAUCAGGUAGAGGAGGAGGAGGAGGAGGAGUAGGAGGAGGAGGAGGAGGGCUGGGGAGGAGAACAGGAGGAUUUGAAGAGGAGGAGGAGCAGCAAGAGUGGGAGAUCCCGUGGGUCCUCAUCCCCAUUACAGGUCUGUGUUCAGAGAGGUAUACCCAGAGAGACAGAAACAUCCCCCAGGACCCCCGCUUUCAGCACCUGGCUACAGCAACAGGCACCACCGCAACAACCAAACCCCCCAGGAAGAGCCCCACCCCGUCUCCCGUGCCCAGCCCUCCUCCCUCCCCCUCUCUGUGCCCAUCACCCGACCCCAGCCCUCCCCCUUCACCCUCCCAGUGCCCAUCCCCAGAGCCCAGCCCUCCCCCGUCCCCAUCUCAAUGUCCAUCCCCAGAGCCCAGCCCUCCCCCCUCUCCCUCCCAGUGCCCGUCUCCACAGCCCAGCCCUCCCUUCUCUCCCUCCCAGUGCCCGUCUCCACAGCCCAGCCCUCCUCUGUCUCCCUCCCAAUGCCCAUCUCCACAGCCCAGCCCUCCCCCCUCUCCCUCCCAAUGCCCAUCUCCACAGCCCAGCCCUCACCCUUCUCCUUCCCAGUUCCCCUCAGUUCAGCUCAGCCCUCCCCCCUCCCCCUCCCGGUGCCAGUCCCCGGAGUCUAAUGAGCUCAGCACACUUAACAAGGACUACAGUUGUGCUAACGAGGAGCAGUUAGCUCCCACAGCCUCCAGGGAGUUUGCAGGAAUAUCAAAGGACAGAGAAGAGAAACCUCAGGGGAAAGAAAAGAUAAAUGAAGAACUAUCCAUUUAUACAUCCAACCAGCCAUCUAUCCCUCUUGUUUCAGAAGGGAGGACAAAUCACUCACCAUCACUCACCGAGCGAGGGGAGGAGGAUACACACAGGGAAAAAAGGAUGGUGAAGGAGGCACAGGUAGAACUUUUCGGGGAGCGAAAAGAAACACAGCUUGUCGAAAAAGUCUGUAAACGAGGGGAAGAUGAGGCCAAAGAGGUUAAGCAAGAUGAAGCGGUGGACAUGAUACACGAGGUAGCUAGUGAUAAGGAACAAAAGGGAGAAUCAAAGGAACUGGUAGGUGGCUCUUUGUUUUCUCCCUCCAUCUCCUCACCUCCUGCUCGUCCUCUCAGAAAUAUUGACAACAUUGUGGACAAACAUCUGGGGGACUUCUCCUCUGAGAUACAGCUUCUCCUGCAGGAAGAGAGUGUGUACUACAGUUUCCCACAGUCCCCGCACUCCACUUCAAACACAGAGAUCACUGCACCUAAGCACACAUCCCCAAACACCUCGAUAUCUCCAUUUUCACAGUAUGUGUCAUUCUACCACCCCUGCCCCCCGGUCCAGGACUAUGUGAGCUCACUACAGGACAGCAUUAACUCCAUGAUUACAGAGUUUGAUGACAGCUGGCAGAGCCACAAGCCCAACACCAGCCGGACUGAGACCGAUGCUGUGUUGGCCAACAAAGUAAGUGCUUUUGUGGCCAGCAUCCGAGCAGGUAACGCUAAACCAGGAAGCGAUGAAGAGGUUUCUGCUCCCUGUGGUGAACUGACAGCUGCUGGUGUCGGUGCUUCAGUUAGAUUAAUCCCUGCACUCGAGAGAGGAAGUGAAGUGUGGUGGCCAGAUAGACUCAACAAACAGCUUUCUGACGCUACAAACAACAGGAAUCCCCCAACUUCUAACGUCACUUUAUCUGUUCCUACCUCUGCGUCUAGUUCUAGCCACGAACCUGCAAACACUGCCGUCCUCUACCCUCCCCCUAACAAGUCCCCAAAGUCUCACUGGAAACCACAGCAAAGCCACAACUCUUUAGAGUUCAACAGGACAGUCCCUCAUAACGUUAGACAAACACCAGAUAACAGCAUGACCAGGGUUGUACAUUGUACCAGCGGUGUAGAAACUGGAAGUAGCCUUGUAGGUGCAACAUGCGAGGUGACUCUACCAGGGUUCUGUGGUGUUUCCAAGUCCUCCGCAGAACCUUCACACCCCUCUGAACGCGUCUCCAGUCCGGCUUCUGGACCCAUCCCCAGGCCCGGCACAAGCCCCGCUCCCCCGCCCACAGCCCUCAGCUCCCUGAUCAGCCAGCUGCAGCCAGAGGUGUUCAACAGCCUGGAAGAGAUCAUCAAAGACGUCAAGAGAAACUCGCUACAGUUCUACCUCCACAGCACAGAGCUGGAGGACCGGGUCUAUGAAAACGUCAAGGAAUACCUGCUGAAGCAGGGAAACGUGGAGCAGAGUCCCGUGGCCUUUAUGAACCAAGAACACUCUGACAACAGGCUGCUGGUCAUCGUUAAGAACAAAGACAUAGCUGGACACAUACACAAGAUCCCAGGUCUGAUGUCUCUGAAGCGACACCCGUCAGUGGUGUUUGUGGGGAUCGAUACUCUGGACGACAUCAGGAACAACAGUUACAACGAGCUGUUUGUUUCUGGAGGCUGCAUCGUCUCAGACGAGUUGCUCCUCAAUCCAGACUUCAUCACUCAUGAUCGACUGGCUUCACUGCUGAUGUUCCUGGAAAAUCACAGUUCUCAAGAGAGUGUUUGGAGGUGGAAAGUUCACUGCAAAACCCACAAGAAAUUAAAAGAACAAGCCAGGUUCAGGAGAGAUGCAGCCAACCUACUGGACAUACUGUCAGUCUAUCAGAAGCGGCUGAUUGUUGAGUUCCUGCCAUAUCAUCACUGCGAUAUGAUGAACCAUCAGUCACCUGACCUGGACUGUCUUAUCGAGCUCCAGGCCAGAUACACACAGUACCGACACACAAUCUUCCUGACUGAGCAUCAUUUUGAGAAGUUCCCUGCCUACUCCAGUAGUGGCAUCAUCGUGGCCAGUAUAGAAGAAAUUCUGCACAACUUCACCAAACUGGUCGGUUACCAUGACAUCAAGGACAAACAACCAAUCAUAGACAACCUGCUAGCACCCAAAGAACACAUCCACGCCCUCUCCUCAGGUGACCAGGCACAACAUCUCCAGCAGCCCGGCUCCGGACACCCACCUCUCCCCCAUCUCUCUGACCAGCUAGUCCCAGAAGCCUCCUGUAAGGAGGGAAUGCCGCACCAUUCAGAUACAGACCUUGAAAUGCUGCAACUGGCCAUCUCGCAGUUGCGGGCUGAACGUCAGGCGCAGCAACAACAGCUGCAGCAGCGGUUAGACGCCCAGGCAGAGUUCAGCAUCAACCCCUGCAAAAGCUUCCUUUCCAAUCCUCGUCACACAGGUAGUGGUCACAUCACCCCUUCUUCAGCUCAGGGAGUUCUUGCUGAGUCAGUCCACCUCACUCCUGGCAGGAAAGCAGUGGCAGCCACUCUGGAGUUAAUUCACUCCACCCUGCAGCCGGAGCUGGGGGAGGAGCAGAGGAGGGAGCACAGAGAUGGAGCAGAGCCACUUACAGAGAGACAGAGGAGGGGAGCAAGUCCUGGAGGAGAGGCUGGAGAUAAGAGAAGUGGUACUCCAGUGAGAGUGGUGGGGCUGUCGGGAGGAAAGCAGGGUCCCAUUAAUACUGACACAUCCAGCUCUAUAUGUCCAUCCACCCCUUCAUCCGACCAAUACACAACUGCACGACCAAGUGACCAGACAGACUGGACCAAUGACGAGAGAGGGAAAGCAGAUCAACAAGGGGAACCUGCAUUACCCAGAGCAGCUAAACAUGGUGCUGUGUCCUCCAGUACCACUUCCUGUCCUGUAGAGAGUGACAGAUCAAGAGACACACAGUCGGGCAAGGAACAGCCAAUAAGAGGAGAAGGAUUGGCACCUGGUUACGGCGUCAUGAUAGCUUCCAGGAGCGCCCGUGUAACAGGAAAUAUCACCAUGGUAACAGACCAGAAGGACAACCCAAAUCCUGCUUAUCCCCGACUACAACAGAUCCAACAGCCUCAACAACAUCUGCAGCAAGUGAACCAACAUCAGCAACUAAAUGAGCAGAUCCGACAGAGUCCGUCACAUCCACUACCACCACUUUACGGCCAGCAGUGGUUGGGCGAUGGCCUGCUGCACCGACCCCACCUACCUUUCUCCCCCAGCCCCAUACCACAGACCCUGACUGCCCUGGGUGGUGCAAGGGGCAUCCUGGGGACACCACCUGUCUGGUCAGGGGGCCUGGGCCCGGCGGGUGCUUCCCUGGUUUGGGGAUUUCAACGGACUGGAAGGGACUUCAAUGGUUCUGGACUACUAGGAGGGUACCACAACCCUGCAGGUCAGAGCAGCAACAGGCACAGAGGGGGGUCAAGAGGAGGAGGCUAUAACGGGAUGUAGAGACCCAGUUUACCUACAUCUGCUGAUCAACCCAGGUAACGUGUAGCAGGUUUAAAAGGGAGGAAGGAAACCAAAAACUUCACACCCUGUUAACAGAGUACGCAGUCUCAUUCUAGUCAUAUGAAGAAGUGGAAAGGUGCUAGACUGCAUGCAGCUCCCAAGGUUUGUUAUUUAUGAUUACAAUGUUGGGGUCAUGUCUAGUACUGAUCCAGGACCAUCCUUGCACAUUGGGGUCCUGGAUCUCCUCUCCAAAUCACCAUUGAACCAGGGACACGAUAUGUGUCUUAACCACUAGGCCAACAGACGCCCUGUUAACGACUUUUAAGUUGUAAAAGAAUUGAAGACGGGCAGGUGUAAAGUAACAAAAACACGAUUUACUUUGACAGGGAGAGGUGGCCAGAAGCUGUGACAGCAAGACUGCUGAAUAAAAUGCAAAUUUGAUCUAAACCGAAGAGUUUGUAUUUUCAAUAUUCUGCCUGUAACUCAUUUAACGAACCCCUGAGUGACUGAAAUGUCAGUCAUCUGACAGACUGUGAUAUGCAGUAUGACAGUCCUGGAUCAGGGUCAGAUGAUGUUCCCAUUGAAGCGAAAAAAAACAAAUUGAUGAGUCGAUCAACAGAAAAUUAAUCGUCAAUUAUUAUGAUAACCAAUUAAUCGUUAAAGUCAUUUUUUGUAGCAAAAAUGCCAAAAAUGUGAAAAUUUGCUGCUUUUCUUUGUUGAAUGUGAUAAACUGUAUAUUUGUUUUUUGGUUUUAGACUGUUGGUCAAACGAAACAAACAAUUUGAAAACCUCUCCUUGAGCUUUAGGAAGUCGUGAUGGGCAUUUUUCACUAUUUUAUGACAUUCUAUGAACCAAACGAUUAAUCAAUUAAUCCAAAAAAAGAUUAAUCUAUAUUAAAAAAUAAUCGUUAGUUACAGCCCUAGUUCCCGGCCACAUCUUCAUCUGACAACCAGAGACAAAAAAAAUGACACACUGACACACGCCUGCGUACAAUCAGCUGCUGUAGCAUUUAGCUGGAAUUAACUUCCCCACCAGCAGAAACUUGCUGUUAACUACCUAUUGUAACCACUACCUGUUCACCUGUUAAAAAGACAUGAAAACACUGAAGGAAAAGGCCGUGUCUCACUUUCGGACAUGCGCCAUGUUUUCGCAAUUACUAAGUUUUAUUUAAUCUCACUUACAAACUGUACAAAUGUACAUAUUUAAUUUCUGAAAAUGCUCUCCAGCUCUGCCUCUGUUCUCUCAGAAACAUGGUAAGCUAAGGAGCAUUCAAGACAAAAUAGGAGCUGAACAGGAGGGUGCAGUUCAAUAAAAGGGAGCCCACCCCCCCCCCCCCCCCCCCCCCCCCCACCCUCCAGGUCAGGUGACAAGAUGGAUAAUAAAUCAUCCUACAUGACCGUCCUCUAACGUGUUUUCCUCUUAGUCUCUAGUAUGACACGUUUUCUCAUACUCGUUUUCUCACUGUGCACUGCUCUGAGUAGCAGCAUCGGCUAAAAUGUUACAAGCUUCUUGUUAAUGCCAAAUUUUCUUGAAUGCACCACCACCAUGACUACUUCACGGUCAGACAGAUAGUUGUGUUUUUCAGGCACAGGGAGAACUCUUUAACUGUGAAUCCUGACAGUUAUUCCUGCAACCUGACGAAUCUAUUUGUUAAAAGGAACCAUUGACGGAUGUUUUCUACCGCGAGUAAAGUUGGACUGUUUGUUCUCUUUGCAUCAUGGAAGAGAUUGAGAUGCACCCAAGUUCUUAAAGUGGAAACAAAGGAAGAACUUAAAAAAAAAACUGUAAAAGGAAUAAGACGGACAGACUGCCUUACACGUCUUCCAGUGGACACUCGUUAUGUCUUGUAAAAAUAUUUUUUGUACUGAGAGUUUGGUUUGUUGCCCUGGGAGCUGUUUGUGUUCACAUUGCUGUUCUAUGUAGGAAGUGACUCUGUAAGAGGUUUUAACUUAAUCAUUUUUUUUAUGUUUUUUUACAUCAGAGUUUGUUUUGUUUUUUUUAUUAAAACUUGCCUGCGUAAACCA